UCCUGUGGCGUCACUGGUUCCCAUGACAGCCCGAAGCCUGGUCGUCUCCGGGGAAACAGAAAGCGUCAACAGUAACUGAUAUUCAGUUAGCAGUAACUACACUUGUACAGUAGCCCUCCUGAGAUAAAAGAGCUUUUUUGGAGGCUUUUCUGAAUGGACUGUCUUGGAGUAUCGUCUGUUCAGAACCUACAGGCUCUGUCUGCCUUGUUAUCAACUCAGCAGGAUGAUGAUGAUGAUGAUGAAGAAAGAAGAAACGCGACAGCCUGCGGACAGCUGGGUCCUGGUCACAUUGGUCCCCCACCCAAGAAAGAUAAAGAAGAGUCAACUGCCUAUGUGAAGAAGAACAGCAAAGAUAUCUGGAGCGAGAAAGAGGUGGCUGAGGGUUCCCAGUAUGAUGAUCUGGCUGACCCACGGCCACAGCCUGAGUAUGAAAUAAUCCUGAAGCAGAGUGUGGGCACAGAGGAUCUGUUCUUGGGCUUGAGUGGAAAGGACCCAUCCUCCAUGUGCUGUGAAGCCAUGCUGGUGAAAAUCAAACUGCCAGAUACUAAAGCAACAGAUGUGGUCCUGGAUGUAAAAGAGAAGUUCCUUGAUCUACGAACGCCAAAAUAUAAACUGGGUCUCCAUCUCCCGCAUCCCAUCCACAGCCACGAGGGUAAGGCUCAAUUCUUCAGUGAGAGAGAGGAACUGGAGGUGACUCUGCUACUGAACCGCUCCAUGGAUUUUAUCAGCGUGCAAUAAAAAAGAAUGAAACAGGCCACAAGUCUUCAGAGGAAACAGAAAAGAUGUGACACAAACAGUGGAGAUUAUACAUACUGCCGUAUUUAUGGGUCAAGGAAAAAAGGGAUUGGAAACGGAUCAGUUUAAAGCCUGUUUAUUUCCUGAAAUUCACAUAAUGUGAAUGUUCAGUUCUUGCUAUUAUUACAUGUUUCACCACUGAUUCUCUUAGUAUUAAGAUAUGGGUUUCUUAUAAAUAUUUGUCUGAUUAUUCGCGCUAUAACUAGAGAUCCAGAGUAAAUCCAGAUAAACAUUACCAUACUUACUACACAUAAUGGAACUCAUUAUGCUGGGAGCCCAUUUCUUAUAUACAGUAUUCCUUGGAUGGAAUAAUACAUAGCUCCAAAUUUGCUUUGUGGUAACUUAAUUAAACACAAACUAAUUUAGGACUAUGCUCAAUACAAGCACAAUAUUAACUCAUAUCAUGAUUAGAUUCUUACACAGGGCUCCUUUUCUGAUUGGGUGAUAAAAUAUGAACCAAUCUUCUGGCUUUUAUUAUCAAUUUAAAUCAAACUUCAUUUGUAUGACAGCUUUGAUAGAGGUUAGUGUGUUAUCAUGUCAAUUGAUGUUGUGCUUUAGUAGUAGUAGUUAUUCUUACUACAAACCAUAUGCCAUACAGUGAUCCUGGGUGUGUGUCUGUGUGUGUGUGUGUGUGUGUGUGUGUGUGUGUGUGUGUGUGUGUGUGUGUGUGUGUGUUUCAAAUCCUGAAACAAGUAUAAAAGUGAGCAAGUCAUUGAGUAACUCUUUUGUACCCUAGCAAAAGUGAAAAAAAGACUUUUGUUUGUACUGGGCAUCUUGCAGGAGUGAAUUUGUGUUUUUAAUAUGUAUUAAAAUGUGAAGUACGAUA